CGACCAUGACUCCUUGACUUGACUGUUGGUGAUUCAUACUCUGAUGCGAUGAACUGAGCACUGUUUCCAGGUUCUCAGAAUCUCAGUACACUUGCUGACUGACCAAUCUCUCUUCUUUGGCACAGCAUCCAAGCCGACAAUGCUAUUGUCGUCGAAGCCUGAACUUUAAGCCAUGUCUGCUUCUUACUCCACAAAGGUCGAAGCAGCACAAAGAGUUGAACUCGGAUGCCCAUAUUGUCUGUGUUGCUGGGCACACAGACUUCCAAGCAAUGUGCAUAGAGACAAGGUCUCUUGGGUAGAAAAAGGGCUCUGGGGCUUUGUGAAGCUUUGACCCAGAGAUCUCCGAUGCGUCAAUUGUCUUUCGCGGAAGCCUGCCUCUUCUACCACCUCUGCUUCCCCCACAUACUCUCAUCCUCUUUGUAGAAGGAUGCGAGGCCACGUUAUCGCUUCGACCCAAUAUGUCGGUUCCUUUAAACGCAAGUCUUCCACGAUUUGAGCCCAGUAUUGCCGAGCUUGCUUGCGUCCAGGGGUCGGAGUUCUUGCCUUUCGUGCUACACAAUCUGGCUUGCAUCCCUGAGAAAGAUCUCGACCGGCUGGUAGAAACCCUCAACAAGGACAACAUUACUGGAUCAGGAACGAAUGCGAUACGCCUAGUAUGCCCCGCUCCAACAACUAUACCGCAGUCGAAGACCUUGGGCGGGGGCCUAGCUACGCAUGUGCGAUACUGCACAACUAAUUUGGAUGAUCUAGACUGCUUCCCAUUCGGCUUCUCGACUGUUCUUGACGAGGACUGGAAGAAUGAUGGUCUUUUUCUGGUUUCCAUUGACUUCGAAGAGCCAUUCGAAGUCACUGGUUUUCGAUUGUCUUUGGACGAUGUGCCUACAGCUGCUAGCACGUUGAGAGAUGGUGACAAUGGAGUCAAAGAGGUACAGGAGCUCUAUGAGUAUCGCAAACCCACAAGUCCGCCGACAUGAGCAAGCAGCGCGGGAGUCUUGCGUUACAUCAAGACUGCUCAUGUCUUCUGACUGCAACUGAGAACAUUUGCGUGGCAUUUGAUGAUAGCAGGACCUUGUCCAUCCUCGUACGGCGAUGAUAGACUCACAUCAGAUAAAAAUAGAACCACUGUCAAGCGCACAUAACAGGCCAAAAGGAAAGAAAAGUUGCCCACAUUAUCUAUCUACCUAUCGUGACUGUAAGCUCGAAAAGAUAGAAGGACGCAAGAGGAAGGGAACAACGUCUCGACGGACAACACGGCUUGUGAUGUCGAGCUGUUGAUCGUACGCGCUUUCACUUCUCCAUCCCGUUUCGUU